AUGUCGCAGACGUCGGCGGCGUCGAUCCGCUACGCGUCGCUCGCCUUCCUCGUCGUCCAGGACACGACCCUCGUGCUCUGCAUGCGCCUGAGCCGGUCGCGGCCCGGCCCCAUGUACGUCGCGUCGACGGCCGUCUGCUGCGCGGAGCUGCUGAAGCUCGCCAUCUGCUUCGCCGCCGUCUACGUCGAGCACGGCCGCGAGUUCCUCGCGGCGCUGCGGACGCAGGUCUUCCGGCCGCGGGAGAUGGCGCGGCUCUCGCUCCCGGCCGUGCUCUACGUCGUCCAGAACAACCUGCUCUAUGUGGCGCUCAGCAACCUGCGCGCGACGCCCUACAAGGUCACCUACAACCUGAAGCUGCUCACCGCGGCGUUCUUCUCGGCGGCGUUCUUGAAGGAAAAAAUCGGCCGGCGGCGGUGGCUGAGCCUCGUCGCGCUCUUCCUCGGCGUCGUCGUCGUCCAGGCGGGCAAGCACGAGGCGUCGAAGACCGCGCCGGCGGGCAACGCGGCCCUGGGCUUCUUCGCCGUCGCGGCCGCGGCGACGACGUCCGGCUUCGCGGGCGUCUACCAGCGGAAGACCGCGAGGACCUCAAAUCUUCAACCCGACUUCAAUAAGAUCCUCCAGGGCACGAAGACGUCCGUCUGGUGCCGCAACAUCCAGAUGGGCCUCCCGUCGGUCGUCGUGGCGGUUGUCUCCACGCUCAAGGACUCGGCGCCCAUCGCGGAGCGCGGGUUCUUCGGCGGCUACUCGAACCUGGUCUGGUUCGUCGUCGUCCUCCAGGCCGUCGGCGGCCUCAACGUGUCCUUCAUCCUCAAGUACGCCGGGUCCAUCCUCAAGGGCUUCGCCGCGGGCUUCGCGACGCUCGGCUCGUGCGUGGCGGAGAUGGCCCUCUUCGGCUUCCGGCCGACGCCGUCCUUCCUCGCGGGCGGCGCGCUCAUCAACGCCGCGGCCUACGCCUACUCGACGGCGCCGCGGGAAUCGCCCGGGCCCCGGUCGCCCAAGAGCAAGUCCCCGCUCCCGCUCACGACCGCGUUCGAGGCGAAGCCCCUCCGCUAA